AUGAAAACUUGGGCUGCAUCCAGGCAUGAGUACCUUGAUGCCAUGCUGCUCAGACCUGAUGAGAAGAUCUACCACCUGAACAUUGAACACAGCCCCAGUGGCAAGAUCACUCCAUUAAGAGAAAAUACAUGCAACGACGGCAACACCCACAGUGAGGCUCAGGCUGGCUCACCUGAUUGGAUUGCCAGUACUAUGCCUAAGAGUGAAUCCAUGCCUACAGAAUUUCAGUGCAUCAAAUUGAUAUGGCUGGUUGUCUGGCCAUGGGCACUGAAGCUCAUAGGCUCAACCCACAUUAUCUCUGAUGACACUGGCCUUGUUUUAAAGUACAGCAACUGCUACAUCUCUGACCACAAUCAGCAAUGGUGGUUUCAGAGGAAGAGUGCUACCAGUUGGGAAAACCAAGAACCAGGAAGGGGAGAAAGGCCUGUGGAUCUGACCAAAACCUCGACCAUGAACAAGCAGGCUGAUCACGACAACUUCCUGAAUGUCAGCCCUGUAUGGCAGGCUCUGUUGGGUGUCCAAUCUCUUGGGAAGUAUUACGAGCCCUCCUUCACAAUCUGCCAGGCAAGGAACUCCAAAAUGGAAACAAGAGGAUGGAAAUUGGUGGGCAGAGGCAAUGAAGAGGGGAUUUUGGCUGGUGGCAGCAUGGAGACUCUUCAGCAGCAGAAUGCUUGGCAAGGUUGCUGUGGGAGCAGGGAGAAACUGAGGAGUCAUCAUGCGUGGUGA